AUGUCCACAGCAUACUCAACUCUACCCUUUGUCACCCAAAUAACACCCACUACCCGAGAUCAGAUGUCCGUUUCUAGUGUCUUGUUACUCGCGUCAAUUGCUAUUUUCGAACUUACUCCCGCUGCUAUCUCCGAAGGCCCAUUAAUUUGGACUGACACGGUCACAACCCUUUGUCCCUUGAUAUAUGAGGAACGUAUCCCAAAGCCCAACCUGCGUUCUUCGUUACCCCGGGAGUUGUCGCCAUGGGACAAUGCGUCACGAUCGCCGCCACCGAGCCGUACGCCCCCUUUGCAACUCGAGAAACCCAAAGCGCCUUCGUUAAAUCCGAUCAAAUCAUCCGCUGCUUUCAGGGCAGAAGCUACCCUCGUUGCUGUUGGCGGUGUGGUGGAUGUACUUUAUCUUCGAAUUGCGGAUCAAACCGACGACAUUGAGUUUCUUGGUCCUGCCAUCUCUCAUCGCACGUAUCUCGAAGUCGCCAUGCACGGAGCCAUAGCCCAUUUGGGUCUCCCUUCUCGGAAAAUCGAACAAACGAACAAAUUACCCGUGGGGGAAAAUUGGCAGUCAUUGAUGGAGGUGUUGGGACGUGGGCCACGAGAGACCAUCUUCAGACAGCCCGGGCUGCAAGUCGUAGCCGCACCAUGGAACUACGGGUUUUGUGUGAAAAUGGACAUGUUACGACGUGGAGCAACGGGGGCAAUCACUCCCACCCCUCGACACGUUUCAGACGCCGCAGUUUACUUGGACAGUGUCAUCAAACACCAGCCCCCGGACCGCCUCCCAUUUACCGAGCGUGAGCUGUACCGUAUUCUGACGGAUUAUUCCGUUCAAGUAUCCGAGUUGUCUGUUGGGCAUGUGCUCAACACUUAUCGGACACUGUAUAAACGGGAACCACUCGCUCCACGCAGGUGA